AUGAAGGAAUCCUUAAAAAUCACCAACCACACCCUCUCCUUAUGGAACACCACCAACUCCAACUGCUGCGUAUGGAACGGCGUCGUCUGCAGCGAUCUAACCGGCCACGUUCAUCGCCUCCAUCUCCAUUCUCAAUCCUUACACGCCAAGCUAAACCUCUCCACCCUUCUUGAUCUCAAGCACCUCACAUAUCUUGAUCUCAGCCAAAACAGCUUCCAAGGAUCAAUCCCUUCAUCCAUAGCUUCACUCAAGAAUCUCGAGUAUCUGAAUCUCUCCAACGCCAGAUUCCACGGAAAGAUUCCUCCGACGAUAGGGAAUCUUUCGAACCUCCGCACUUUGGUUCUAGAAGGUUCUGGCCAGAAAGUGCAAGGGCUCGAAUGGCUGUCUGGUUUAGUCCGUUUGAAGCAUCUCAACAUGAAUUUCGUCGACAUCGGAAGGGAUAACAAGUGGUUGGAAAUCAUCAACGCUCUUCCUCGUUUGGUUGAGCUGCAUCUUCGUGGCUGCAAGCUUCUCUCACCUAGAAUUGAUCAUGUAAAUGUCACUUCUCUAACCUUUCUUGAUCUCUCUAGGAAUGAGAUUGCCUCAUUUUCAAUUGCAAGGUGGAUUCUCCGACAAGGUAGCCUUCUGUUUCUUGAAAUGAGUCGAAACUAUUUCCAAGGCUACAUUCCAUCUACUAGCAAUACAACCAAAUUGCAACACAUUGAUCUCUCUUGGAAUAAACUCAGCUCCCCGAUUCCGGAUUGGAUUUACUCAUGCCAUGAUCUGAAGUUUGUGUAUCUGGGAAAUAAUUUCUUGAACGGUACGAUUUCAAAACACGUAGAGAAUCUAACGUCUCUUGAAACUUAUGAUUUGAGGUACAAUGUGAUUUCUGGGGAAAUACCAAGAGAUAUUAGUAGUUUGUGCAUGGUGCGAGUAUUGGACUUGUCUGGUAACAGACUGGAAGGGAAUGUAUCUCAUUUAUUUGAAAAUAUGUCCCGUUGCUUCUUGGAAGCAGUCGUGAUACUGCGCCUGAGGCAGAAUAAACUGUCUGGUCACUUGACGGAUCAGUUUGGUGAGUUUAAGAAUUCGAGGUUUCUUGAUCUCACCAAGAACUCAAUAUCCGGAGUGAUUCCUAAUAGUUUAGGUAAAUUAUCACGCCUAAGGAGAUUAUGGCUCGGAUUCAACAAACUGGGAGGAGAGUUGCCAGUGAGCAUAGGGCAGCUUUCAAAGUUGAGAAGUCUUACAUUCGGGCGUAAUAUGAUGGAAGGAGUUGUGAACGAAACUCACUUCGAAAAACUCACUAAACUGAAGUACUUGUUUGCAUCCGGCAACAACUUUACUUUGAAAGUGAGCCCAGAUUGGAUUCCACCUUUGGAAAUUGGCCUUGGUUCAUGGAAUCUUGGGAAAGUUUCUGAGAUAGCCUCAUGGAUUCAACUACAUUGUAAGAAUGUUUUAGUUCUUGAUUUAUCUGACACUGGGCUGUCUGGUGAAGUUCCAAUAUGGGUUUGGGAUGUGAUUUCACUCAACCUUUCUCACAACCAUUUUCAUGGAGAAAUCCCGGAUUUUAAACCGUGGGGAAAUCGCCUUGUUUUCCCUUAUUAUCGUCAUGUUUAUUUGAGUUCCAAUCGAUUUAGUGGCCCGUUGCCUCGGGUAUCAUAUGAUACAUUGGAGUUGGAUCUUUCCAACAAUUUUUUCUCAGGCAGUUUGUCACACUUUCUAUGCGAUGCCACAAGUGAUAGUACUAAUAUACUCAAGAUUCUCCAUUUGGGAAAUAAUUUGAUAAGUGGGGAGAUUCUUGGAUGA